AUGGCCCAGAGCACCCAGCUCCCACCCAGCUUUGAGGAUGUUUUUCAUAUGCUAUCCCAGAUCCCUCAAGAAAAACUCCUGAACCUCAAACAUAAACUGAAGCACUUGGUAUUUGGGCCCAGCAGCAAACUGCUUCAAGCCAUGGUUCUGCUUGCUCUGGGGCAAGAAAUGGAGGCAAGAAUUUGUUUGGAUGCCUUGCGAGAUAACCGGGCAGCCCAGUAUGUCCACCAGACCAAGCUGGGUGCUGCAGGAGUGCAGGGAGAUGGGGAGGAUUUGCAGCCUCCCAAGCUGGAUGCAGGUGCCAUGGAGCUUCUGGCACAGAUCUACGCAGUGCUGGUGAAGGAGAAACUGUGCAGCCGUGAAGCCAUGGAGAAAGCCUGCCAGGCUGCCAGGGAAGCCUGCAACGGCAGCAAGGAGACUCCACCGGGACAGCUCAGAAGCAUUCCACCCAGGGACCACGGAGAACAUGGCCCUGCUGCCAGCAGGGGCUCAGGUGGCAAAUGGCAGGCACCGAGAGCUGAUGCGGCCACAGGGCUUCUUUCCGCCGGACUUCUUCCAGCCACCCGAAACCACGAGGUGAGAAGUUCUCCAGUGGAGAUAGGAAUCAACUCGGACCUGUCCCACCUCUCAAGCCCGCGGAGUUUGCGCUCCGUGGAGAGCCCCUCGUCCUCCUUGGAGAAUCCCUCUUUCCCCAGUCACCUCGAGAUCAGCGCGUCACCAACAGUUGUUGUCCAGAGCCAGACCUGCCCCCCGGAGCGUGCUCAACAGCCUGAUGGGGACAGGCAGAGCCAUGGCCUGCAGGGAACAACCUGCACCAGCCCCAGCUCUCAUCCUGCCCAAGUCCUCCAAGUGGAGAAAGCGCCACAGGCCAGUUCAUGUCACCCAGUUGCCCCAGCUCCUGACAUGCAGCUGCCCACGAUGGGUGCUGUGAACCAACCUGUUGAAAGCAGUGAUGCCUCCAGCACAGUGGCAGCAGAACCUCAGGCACCAAAAGAAAACGCAGACAAAAAGCAAGGUGGAAAGCAAUCAUCUACGGGUCUUCCUGCCUCAAGGGCUGCAGCGGAUGCUGGUCCUGCCCACGUGUCCACGGAGGAGCCGCAUGUUCCAGGAGGCAUUCCUUCUAACUCUGCAUCUGCUGCCAUUUCAACUCGUUCGCUUCCUCCUCCUACCUAUGCCUUCUCCUCAACCCUUCCCCCUCUUCAUGGGCCUCAUUCCAACUUGCCGUACCCCCCGCGCUCCCACUCAUCCCCCUCUCUUGCCUGGCCUCCUUCUCUCCAAACUGCAGAACCAGGUCCCACAUCAGAGCCAGAUGAUGAAAAGUUCUUCACUUUCGUUGUCCUGCAUGCUAGUGAAGAUGAGAUUGUUGCCCAUCGGGUUAAGGACCUGCUGGAGAACAUGGGGGUUCCCAACGGCGCUACGCUCUGUGAGAACUUUGCCAUUGCUGGACGCAGCCAUAUGACUUGCUUCCAGGAUGCUAUGGAAAACUCCGCUUUCAUCAUCCUGCUGCUGACCAAGAACUUCCCGUGCGACCUCUGUAUGUUUCAGACAAACACUGCUCUGAUGGAGUCCAUCAAGAAUCCAUUCAAGUGUGACUCAGUCAUCCCUUUUAUACCCAAGGAGAACCCCCUGCAGUGGAGUCAUGGUUGGCUUACACCUUUGGAUGAGAAAUCUCCUGGCUUCGCCAGGACAGUGCAGAACACCUUUACCACCAACAGGAUCAACAAGAAGAAGGAGUCAUGGGACCUGCUGCAGAGAAAGAAACUACAGCUGCAAGAGGAGCGGUACCGAACGCUGCAGAACAUGGCUACCCUGAACCUUGGUGGCUCCAUCCCUCCCUCAGCAACACGGUCCCCACUGCUGGAGCAACCCCCCCGACAGUGGUGCCCCCCGGCUGGAGGUGGCUGCAGACCUGCCCACAUGGGUUCUCCUCCUGUCCAAGCCCCCUCAGGCCACUACAACGUGCUGCCAGGCCCGGGAGGCAUCCCACCCCUCAUCAUCCAGAACGCCCGGAUGGUGCAGAUCGGGAACCACAACGUGAUGCAGGUCGAAACUGUCACACCGGCUCCGGCGGGCACUGAGGAAGACUCCAGUGUGUGA